AUGAAAAUCCGAGGCCAACAUGCAAUAUUACUCAUUUCCUUACUUUCACUACUAAUUCUUACGCAACUGCAUCAUUUGGUGCCAAAUGCCAAACAAAAGUCAACUACUGCUUCAAAUAAAUCUUCGAAUGAUAAUGUUCAACUUAAUUCUAGAGAUUAUAUCAACGUUGGUUUCAGUGAAUUUGAAUUUUUACAAUCGAAGCAACACGAGAUAGAACUUGAACAAAAGUAUAAUGUAACCGCCAUAUUACUUCAUUGGAAACGAUCAACAAGUGUUGCAAGAGCCGUAAAUUAUUUAGUUGAUUCAAAUCUUUUCAAAGAAAUUAUCAUUUGGAAUAAUAAUCCAAACAUAAAUCUUAAUAAAACUAUAUUUAAAAAAAAUAAUCAUUCAUUAGAUUCUAUUCGUAUAAUCAAUUCAAAAGAGAAUCUUAAAGAUGAAGCCAAAUAUCGUGCAUGUGCUGAAGCAAACACUAUGGGUUGCUUCUAUGUCGAUGAUGAUUGGGAUG